AUGCUUUCUAUACAACACAAUCUGUUGUUUGGAAAGUUAAGAUAUAUUAAUAAAUUAACUGUUUGUCAUUGUUUUAAUAUUAUUUAUAAAAAGAACUACAACACAGGAGGAGAAUAUUCUUCAAACAUAAGUCGAAUAUUUUAUCAUAUAAAUGAAAAAUUAAAAAAUGUAACCAAAAAUUUAAGAAAAAAUGAAUACAGGAAUAAAAAAGAGAAAGAAAAAAAUACAAAAAAUAUAAAUAAUUUAAAUAAUAUAAAUAAUAUAAAUAAUAAUAAUAAUAAUACCAAUGUAGAUAUAAUAAAUAAACCAACACAUCAUGGAAAUAAUAAAAGUUUUAAUCUUAUAAAGGAUGAUGAAGAUAUAAGUCAUACAAACGAUUCUUUAGAAAUAGAUAUUAUGCACGAAUGUUCAAAAGAAAAAGAAUUAAAAUAUAUUUAUAACCAAUAUGAUAAAAUCAUUUGUAAAAUAAAUUAUAAUAAAAUGAUGGGAAGAGAUUUAUCUUAUUGUAUGAAUAUAAUUUCAAAAAUAAAAUAUUUUAAAGAUAAUAUUUUUUGGUAUAAAUCAUCUGAUAAAUUAAUAAAAGGUUAUAUGCUUCAUAAAAUUAAUAUACAGAGUUUUUAUAUAAUAGCUAAUGCUCUAAGUAAAAUAAAUCUAUUAUAUAAUAAAAAAGAAAACAUACAAUAUGAAUACAAUCAACAAAUAUAUAAUAAAGAUUUAAAAAAUGAAACUAUAUGUAAUAAUAUAAUUAUAAAAAAUAAAUUACCAUAUAAUAAAUUACAAUGUCAAAAUAUUAAAACAGAUUUCAUAUCACCUUUUAGUUAUAUAUCAUUUGAUGAUAAAAUUAUAUUACACCAUGAUAAAAAUAAUAGUUGUAAGUAUCAUAAUAUAUAUGAUCAAAUAGCUUAUAGAUUUAUUAUGGAUAUACAAAAUAUGAAUUUGGAUAGUAUAAGUUGUACCAUAAAUUUAUUUUCAAAAUUGAAUAUAUUGAAAUAUAAUUUUAUAGGAUAUUAUUUUGCUGAUUAUUUUGUUUUAUAUAUAUUAAAUAAAAAUAUUAAAAUAAAAAAAAAUAAUACAAAUAAUAUAAAUAAUAUAAAUAAUACAAAUAAUACAAAUAAUAUAAAUAAUACAAAUAAUAUAAAUAAUACAAAUAAUAUAUAUAAUAUAUAUAAUAUAUAUAAUAGUAAUGAUAACAUAAGGGGUGAUACAAAAAAUAUCAAACAAAAUAUAUCUUAUACUACCAUCUUCUCAUACAUUAAUAAUAAAAAUAAAUAUACCGAUAUAACUCCUAAUAAAUAUAAUAUCUCAAAACUUGUCAUAAUUUUACAUUCCUUAAUAAAAUUGAAUGUUAUUCAUUUAGAAUUUUUUUAUAUUUGUCUUGAAUAUUUUAAUACAUAUUUUAUUCAUUUAAACAAUAUUGAUAUGUGUAAUAUAUUAUAUUGCUUCUCUAGGUCUCAGCUAGCCAUAAGGAGUAAUAAUACCAUUCACAAAUUGUGCAUGCGUAAAAGAAUAACAGAUAAAUCGUUUCAAAAUUUUGUAAAUAAUAUAAUAAAAAAAUUAAAAAUAUAUAAUCAAUUUUAUUCUAUGGACCAAAUAAAUAAUAUGGAAAAUAUGUACAAUGGGUAUUAUGAUUAUUUCGAUGGGUUAAAAGAUAAUUUGAUAUCAUCAAAAGAUUAUUUGAUAUCAUCAAAUGAUUAUUUGUCAUCAUCAAAUGAUUAUUUGUCAUCAUCAAAUGAUUGUUUGUCAUCAUCAAAAGAUGAUUUUCCAUCAUCAAAUGAUUAUUUUCCAUCCUUAUCAUCACUGACAGAUUCCUUUUUUUUCAUAAAUACUAAUGGCAAGGUGGAAAAAAUGAAAUGUUGGAAUUUAUUAAAUAAAAUAAUAAAUAAUAUAGAGAAAAACGAAAAAAUUUUAAAUAAUUUCACUUCUCUACAGAUAUCAUCAAUUAUAUUAUCUGUAUGUAAAUUAAAAAUAAAUUCUUUGAAUAUUUUUUAUGCCUUAAAUUAUAGAGUUCAUUAUUUAUGGAGAUAUUUUUCUUUACAUAGUAUAGCUGAUUAUUUAUAUGCUAUAAAUGAAAAAAAUAUAUAUGAUGAGAAAAUAUGUAUUUUAUUAUUUUGUCAAUUUGUUAAGAUAAUAUGGUAUAGGUAUUUACAAUAUAUGCAAAAUAAAUUAUUUAUUGGACCCAUAAAUAAUGAUAAAUAUAAAAAUAAAAUAAAACAAAAUAAUCAAGGAAUUAUAUAUCAUGUAUUAACAAAUGUAGAGAAUAAUCAUCAUCAUAAUGAUCAACAUAAUAAUAUAAUAAAAAGAAAGAAAGAAAAAAAAAAAAAGUUACAUUUAUUAAACCAAAGUGAUAUAUCCAUGUGUGUACGAAUUUUUCAAUCCUUUUCAAAGUUUGAUAUUAUAAAAAAUAUAAAUAUGUUUUUAUAUUAUUAUCAUAUAUUUUUUCCUUAUGAUAUAUCUACAAUAUGUAGAUAUUAUGACAAAAAUAUAAAUGAAAAAGAUAUUUUUAUGGGUCCUAAUUUUAACAUGAACAUUUUGUUAAAAAAUAAUAUAUCUGAUCAUGAAAAAGAAAUAAAAAAUAAAAAUCAAGAUGUUGACAUUUAUUGUGAUAAUAAUCAAAAUUAUAAUUAUAAUUAUAAUAAUUUUAAAAGUGAUCAUCUUUUUAAUUCAUAUAAUAAAGAGAGAAAGAAUGAACAAAAUAAUUUUUUGUCUUAUAAACAAAAUGAACAAGAGGAUGAUAAAAAUUUCUGGAUCAAUUUAAAUUUAUAUCCUACAAAAUCUUUUUUAUUUUUCCACUCAUAUAAAAAAUAUAUAGAUAUAAUUAAAUUAUAUACUCUUCGAACUUUUUUCUUUUUAAUUUUUCAACAUUAUCAUAUUAUGACAUUAGAUCAAAAAUGCUUAUUAUGCUAUUUUAUGUUGAAUAUACCACAAUUUAUAUAUCCCUUUAGACUAUCUAAUAAGAAUAACAUAUUAGUAAAUACCAAUGAUAUAAAAUAUAUAAAACAAGCUACAAAUAAUAAUAAUAUUGAUACACAUAUGGAUAAAAUAUUUCCAUUCAAAUUAUAUUUUAAAAAAGAAAUGAAACAUUUAAAUAUAUAUAUACCACCAGCAGCUAAUAUACUCUUUGACAUAUUAUUCAACAUGGAAAUUAAUACACUUAAUGAAAUAACCAUAAGACAAAUAUAUACAUGUCUUUUAUCUUUACAUUUAAAUAUCAUAAAAUUUUCUUAUUACACUCGACCAUGCAAAAACAAAAAUGAAAACAAAAAUGAAAACAAAAAUGAAAACAAUAAUAAUAAUAUUUCAUUUUUACAUAAAAAAUUUAUAUUUCAUCUAUUAUCAUUAAAUAUGCUAAAAAAAAUUAAUGCAUUUCUUGAUAAUGUUAAUCAAAAUAAAACACAACAAAAUGAAAUUAAUUUAAGCUCAAGAACCCAUAAUGAAGUAUAUAAUUAUUUGAAGUCAUUAAUAGGUAGUGGCAUGUUUUAUAAAAAAGGAAAAAAAAUAAAUCAGAUGUCUGAAUUUGUCGUUGGUCCAUUUGUAUUGGACUGUGUAAUUCAAUUUUUAUAA